AUGAGCUCCCAGAUCCGUCAGAACUAUUCUGCCGACGCGGAGGCUGGCGUCAACCACCUGGUCAAUCUGCACCUGCGAGCCUCCUACACCUACCUCUCUCUGGGCUUCUUUUUCGAUCGCGACGAUGUGGCCUUGGAAGGCGUGGGACACUUCUUCCGCGAGCUGUCUGAGGAGAAACGCAAGGGUGCUGAGAUUCUCUUAAAGCUGCAAAACAAGCGUGGCGGCCGCGCCCUCUUCCAGGACGUGAAGAAGCCGUCCCAAGAUGAAUGGGGUAAAAGCGUGGAAGCCAUGGAAGCCGCCCUGGCCCUGGAGAAGAGCCUAAACCAGGCUCUUCUGGAUCUGCACGCCGUGGCUUCUACCCACACGGACCCCCAUCUCUGUGACUUCCUGGAGAACCAUUUCCUGGAUGAGGAGGUGAAGCUCAUCAAGAAGUUGGGCGACCACCUGACCAACCUCCGCAGGGUGGCCAGCCCCCAGGCAGGGCUGGGCGAGUACCUCUUCGAGAGGCUCACCCUCAAGCAUGACGACUAG